AUGGCGCGGCGGUUCCCGCUCACCCUCUCGGCCCUCGGCCUGCUGGCGUGGGCCAUCGCGCCAGCUACGAUUUCGGCCCCGUCAGCGGGACCCUUUCCGCUGCCGAUCGUCAUCUGGCACGGCAUGGGGGAUUCAUGCUGCAGCCCGAUGGGAAUUGGACACAUCGCGGACAACCUGAGGAAGUAUUUGGGUGUGUAUGUAUACAGCAUUGCAACUGGAGACGGUCGGGAUGCAGAUGUCCGGAGUAGCUACAUUGGCAACAUCAAUGAUCAAGUGGCAAAGGUGUGCAACGACCUGAAGGAGAUUCCAGAACUUCAGAAUGGCUUCAAUGCCGUGGGAUUCUCACAGGGAGGCCAAUUCUUGCGGGCAGUUUUGCAGAGGUGCCAGCACACAGGCCCCCGCAUGCACAAGCUUGUGACGUUGGGGAGCCAGCAUGAAGGCGUGCAGAACAUGCCAGGAUGCAUUGUACAUACAGCGGGCUGCAAGAAUAUACAGAAAUGGUUGACACAUAACGCCUACCGUCCAGAAGUCCAGGAAAAGUGGAUUCAAGCCCAGUUUCUUAAGGACCCAUACCGCAAGGCGGAAUACCUCAACAGCAGCAUUUUUUUGGCGGACAUCAACAACGAGAGGGAGGAAAAGAAUGAGCAGUACCGUCUCAACCUUGCAUCGCUGGAGAAGCUCGUCCUGUUCCGGUUCACCUAUGACAUCGUUGUUGUUCCCAGGGACUCCAGUUGGUUCUCCUUCUUCGACGGCACAGCCCUUAUUCCUAUGCCAGAACUGGCAUUGUUCAAGGAAGACUGGAUCGGCCUGAAGGAGUUGUACGACCGCGGAGACCUCAUCUUCGGAGACUGCCCCACGGGGCAUAUGACAUUCACAUGGGAUUGGUUCAAAACGAAUGUGGCUGACGAGUACCUUGCCGCCAAUCCAGCCUUGGAGGAAUGGGCAGAUGCAGUGUGA